UGUUAACAGAACAACAAUAUAUAUCUUGAGCAUGAUGAUUACACAAGCUACUGAGCACGUAUAAAAGACGAUUUGAAUUAGAGGAAAAUUUCCAUCAUUUUGGGCACAUUCAAUUGUGUUGGAGAAAUUCAGAGAUUUGUGCAAUUUGCACGUGGUGCAUGCAGGCUUGGAAUUAGUUGUUUGGAAGAGGUAGACCCUCCGAUUCCAAUUUUACUCUUGUUGGACACCGGCGCCACAAAAUGGGAAUUCUUGGAAGCGGUAACAGCAAGAAUGAGGAUUCUGUCGUUCUUAAACCAAUGGGAGAGACUCAUAUAGAGAAAAGUGAAGAUUCUAUACCUGAAAGACCAACAUGGGGACACAAAGCAGAAUUCAUUUUAUCCUGUGUGGGAUAUACGAUUGGCUUGGGCAACGUAUGGAGGUUCCCAUAUCUGGCAUAUAAGAGCGGUGGAGGCGCCUUUAUAAUUCCGUACUGUGUUAUGUCAAUAUGCGCUGGAGUUCCACUCUACCUCAUGGAGGUUGCACUUGGCCAAUAUUUUGCAGAAGGACCAAUCGGAACUUGGAGAAUAAUCUGUCCGUUGACCAGAGGAAUUGGUCAUGCUAUGUUGAUGGUCUCGUUACUUGUUAGUAUUUACUACAAUGUCAUCAUCGCCUGGAUUCUUUUCUAUCUGUUUGCUUCCUUCCGAUCGGACGUUCCUUGGCGAAGCUGUGAUCCAAAAUGGGCCUCAGCCAACUGCCGUGAAGGAUACGGUCAGCUCGGCAAUGGCUCACAAUAUAAUUACACGACGGGACAAGCAACCUGUUUAUCUGGGUACAACGCUGUGUAUAAAAAUGUUUCUAUUAGUGCUGGGAAGAAUAUCUCGGUUCUGGCAAAAUGUGUUUCUGCAUUUGAUUUCAGUAAAAGAGUUUCCCCUCCGGAUGAUUACUUUAGCCGAUAUGUCCUGCAAAGGUCGCCCAGUAUCAAUGAUCUUGGAUCGGUUUCCUGGCAGCUGGCCAUGUGUUUGCUCCUUGCAUGGAUCGUCGUUUAUCUUUGUAUGUGUAAAGGAAUCCAAUCUGCUGGAAAGGUCGUUUACUUUACGGCAGUUUUCCCCUACGUUGUUCUUUUCAUUUUGCUGAUCAGAGGCCUAACGCUUGAAGGAGCUACCGAUGGUGUUUUGCACUACCUGAAACCAAAUUUUACGAACAUGGCUAAACCUGAGGUUUGGGGCAAUGCAGGAAGUCAGUUGUUCUACUCCCUUGGGCCUGGUUUUGGCUCCUUGCUUUCCUUUGGCAGUUACAAUAAAUUCACUAACAAUUGUGUUAAGGAUGCAAUAUUUCUUGGGUUCAUGGAUGUUUUUAGUAGCACUUUAGCUGGUGUUGUCAUCUUCAGUUUGUUAGGCUACAUGUCUUUCAAAUUGAACGUUGAUAUAUCGCAAGUGGUCACAUCGGGCCCAGGCCUUGCUUUCGUUAUCUACCCAGAAGGUGUCUCAAAGAUGCCAAUAUCACCAUUGUGGUCUAGUCUCUUUUUCUUCAUGCUGUUUACAAUUGGGCUCGAUAGUCAGUUUGGCAUGAUGGAGUGCGUUGUAACCAAUCUCAUGGACGAGUAUCCAAAGCUACUGAGAAAAAACAAGAAAGUUUUCAUUAUGAUAGUUUGCGUCCUGUGUUACAUCGUUGCCAUUCCAAUGGUUUGUGAGGGUGGCAUCUAUAUAUUCAAUUUGUUUGAUUGGCAGUCCGCAGGGUUUUCACUUAUUUUCGUUGCACUUGUGGAAACAAUAACUGUAGGCUGGCUAUUUGGUACUGAACGCCUAAACAUUAUGCUGACUCAAAUGCUUGGCCAUAGGCCAUCCAUUUGGUGGACCAUUUGCUGGAAAUAUUUUACACCCGGUGUGUUGCUCAUGAUUUUCGUAUUUGCUGCAAUGGGAUGGAAAGGUGUUAGUUACGACGGGUAUCAGUACCCUACUUGGGCAGAAGCAAUGGGCUGGAUACUAGUCAUGUUGACUGCUAUGUGGAUACCGAUUUUCGCUAUCAAAAGCAUUCGUGAAAGAACGGGUACCUUUUUCGAGCGUCUUUGUGGAAGCUUAGUACCAGAUGAAGAUGUGAUCAGAGAAAAGGCAAAGCUCAACGGCGUUACAUAUGUACCUACAGUUAAUCGUUUUUUUAAACCUGGGUUAGUUUGAGAAUUCCGUGCUAUUUCGACCACAUGUAACUGCACUCAGCUGUAGUUCUAAAACCCAGGCAAAAGUUGCUUGAUUCGCCCUUUUUAACCUGCCUCUUUUUCGUUUAUUUGAUAACCCCCCUCCCCAGCUACCUCGAGCUUCGAAAGGAGUCAAUUUGACUAAACCCUGAGAGUAGACACAGCGUUCACAGGUAAUUCCUAUGUAUGUAGACGAUAGACAUACUUUGAGACUUGUUGGCAAUUGUGGUCAACUGUCUCCAUAGCUUGCAGUUAGAUGGAAGAAGCCAACGGAGGUUUUUGCGCAUACAAAGUUGUUGCUCUGUGUCACUCUCUGCUUUUGAGUGUGCAGAUUUAACGAUCUUAAAUACACAUUGUCUUGAACCACUAGAAGCCAUAUCACAACUUCCAUUGGCUCAUUCUUUUGAUCAAUGUAUACAACAAAGGUGGCGAGAAACAUCAUGGAUGACGAAAGUUUUCAUCGCUAUUACUCUGAAUUUUUACUAUAGAUAAAUUAACACUUAAAUGUUCCAUGAUUUAACUUUGUAAAUUUUCCACAAAUAGAACAAUUUUUUCAAUACUAAAGUAAUAUGUUAUUACAUACAUCCAUGUAGACAAUAUGACUUUGCAUACAUUUUACAUUGUUUUUAUACUAUCAUUAUGUUUAAAAGGUGAGUAGUGAAUACACCAAUUUGACUUACGGCCUCAUUUUGAAAAAUUCUUCAAAAUUUUUUUGUAUAAAAUUUUUGACCUCAGAUUCAGAUUGAGAGCAAUGAUUUUAGUCUAAUUGUAAGUUUUCAUUAUCAUAUUGCUCACGAUAUUGAUUUUAUGACGACACAAAGAUAAAAACUUUAUAAGGGAUUUGACCGUGAUUUGCGACUAGGGGGGUAAAGUUUCCCCCGGAACGAUUUUUGCGGUCAAAUCCCUUACAAGUUUUCAAACUUCAUUUCUCCGUAAAAUCUAAAAUACAAGCUGAAACAAUAUGAAAAAUGGUAUCCCGCCUAAAAUCAUGGCGAUAAAACCAAAUCUGAGCUUAAAAAAGUCGUAUAAUUAAUUUUGAAGAAAUUUCCAAAACGAGGUCGUAAGUCGAAUUGGUGUAUCCACCUCGCACGUUUCGUGGAAUUAAGAAUUACUAGAUACCGCGGAAACAGACGACCUGCAGGUACUUCCGCGGAGAGACAUUCGCACGUAGUUUUCAAAAAUUUCUCAAAAUAGGGAAAUGUGGUUAGGCUUAGCUUUCAUACCCAAAAAGAAUAUUGUCAUUGUGGGAUAAUUCUUCUUUAGUUUAAAUUAUUUAUGAUUUUGAUGUACAUGUUCACUUAAUGGAUGCUAUCUUUAUUUUGAUUUGCAA